AUGUUGGAAGGUUGUCGAGUGGGUGGAGAGAUCAGGAUGCAAUGUUUGUGUAGAGCACUCGCAAUGAUCAUGUGCCGGUGCCGGUGCCAGUGCCAGUGCCGGUGCCAGGCGGUGAGUGCAAGCUUAUGUCGGCAACAUGACCGUCCGGUGCCGUGGGAGGAAGUUGUAAACAGGGCGAGAUACUGUCGACAAGGCUUACUUACCAUCCUGGACGAAACACCUGGCUUCGUAAAUGCUCGCCACGGGCACCUCUCGCACCUGAUUUGUGUGGAGUACCACAAGGAAAACUGCAUGAGGAAGUUAACUCGAUACUUCACUCCAGUAAGACGUUGCUGAUGAGAAACAUCCGUGGUAAACCAUUAUCAGAGCAUCUUAUGAUUGAUGACAUUCGCAAAUGGAAUUUACAUUUCUUCCAGGUGUUAUGAUAAUACUUUUUCAUAACAGUUGUUUGUAACAUUGUAGCAGAAGUUGUUUUAUAGAAACAUACAUAGUUGAGUCAAAGUAUUCAUAAUUGUUGUAAGUAAUUCAUUUCAUAUGUAAUACCAGUUGUAUAAAUAUUGUAUAUUAAAGACAAUAUUUUUAACGAC